AUGGCAACAACUAUAAAAAAUGCCAUCACAAACCCAAACAUGAACAAAAACAAUCAACCACCAAAAAACAACAUUAACACCCCACCAAUCAACGAAAUUGCAAAUUCCAAUCGCAAUAAUAACUCACUUCAAAAUAGUGGUUCAAAAGCUAUACUAAAUGAAUCACUUGAUAUUAACAAUCAAUCCCAAAACAAUAAUGAAAUUUCACACAAAAGAUUCACUGAAAACCCAAACAAUCAACACAAUUCCUACCAAAAAGCUGUUGACACACUACAACUACUUAUAUCAAAACUUCCACCUCGUCCAACAAUCUCAAUACUCACUGAACUCAAUUCAUCACCAUUACAACUUAAACAUGAUUUUCCCGAUCACAUCAUCUCUGUCACCAAACGAGGAAAUGGUGUAAUCAUCAUUAACCAUAACCCAAACACACUCAAACUCAAACACAUAUCAACAAUUGAUGGUAGAGCUAUUUUAGCAGACGUUAUAUUUCCAAAUCAAUUACCAAUUGGUAUUCUUGGAAUUUACGCACCAGCAUCAAAUAAUACCAUCAAAAAGAAUUCAUAUGCAACUUCACUACAAACACUUCUCCACAACCACUCAACAAACCCAAUACCAAACCAAUCCCAACAUGUAUCUAUUAUCGCAGGAGAUUUCAACUGUAUCCACAACGACAAUUCACUAUUAGAUGAUAUUAUCCAAUCCUACACAUACCAACACCAUCUAAUUGAUCAAGGUGAAUUUAAAAACACUCCAACUCAUACACAUGGCAACAGAUUAGAUAGAAUAUAUACUCAAUACAAUAGAAUAGACCCUGAAAAUAUAUAUACACAAGUCCACCAAAUUCCAUCUUCAUUAUCAGAUCAUAAUCCAAUAUCAACAACAAUUUCUUCACCUUUUCAAAUAAAUAAACAUAAGAAAAGAUGGAUAUUAUCACCUGGUACUGCAAAUGACCAUGAAGCAAUCAAUAUUAUCAAUCAUUUAAUAACUAAUCACAAUAACACAUCAAUCAAUCAAUUUACAAACUGGUCAAAAGUAAAAUCAAAAAUUAUAAAAACUCUAAAAAACUAUCAAUAUAACAAAGACAAACAAACUCAACGUGCAAAACAAAUACUAUUAGAAAAAGCAGCAAAAUUCAAACAUCUUGAAGAACAAUGCAUCGCUGAAUACAAUAUUAUAUGUAACAAAAACAAACUACAUCAAAACCACACAAACAUAUUAAAAAAACAUAUAAAUGGAGAAAUACCUAGCAAGUAUCUAUCAGCAAUACUAAACAAAAGAUCAAAAGAUGCAAAAAUUGAAUCAAUCCAAUAUGGUAACAUCAUUACAUCCGACCCCGACCAAAUUGAAAAUGCGUUUGUUGAAUUCUACACAAAUCUAUAUAGCUUACAAAUAUGUUGUCCAAUUACUCACCAGCUCAUGCCAAACACAUGGCCCAUCAUAAAAAAUGAAUAUUGGAAUGGUUUAGACUCACCAUUUAUACAAGAUGAAGUUGAAGCUGCAAUUAAAACCUGUAACCCCAACAAAUCACCCGGUCCAGAUGGCGUUACAAAUGCAUUCUACAUUAAUCAUUUAAACCAAGUUAAACCAAUUCUCACUACAUUAUUCAACGAUAUACUAGAAAAUCCUCACCACAUCACAACAGAAUUCACAGAAGGUCUUAUACACACAAUAUACAAGAAAGGCAACCCCUUACUCAUAUCAAAUCGUCGUCCCAUUACACUUCUAAACACUGAUUACAAGAUCCUCUCAAAAGUAAUCAAUGCACGUCUUCUGAGAAUACUUCCUUUCAUCAUCAACAACAACCAAACUGGUUUCGUACCCCACAGAUUCAUCAUAGACAACAUCAUCAACAUCAAUGAAUUAAUCAACUACCUCAAAUCUAAAAACCUCCCUGGUAUCAUCACACUAUUUGACUUCUUUAAAGCAUUUGAUUCUAUCUCUCACGAUAGCAUUAAAAGAACAUUAAUUCAUAUUGGUAUACCAAUAAAAUUAAUAAAUUUAAUCCACAAGCUAUUAUCUGACUCACAAGCAAAAAUUUCAAUUAAUGGUAAAACGACCAGAAAAUUCGAUAUUAAAAGAGGUGUAAAACAAGGUGACCCAAUCUCAGCCACUUUAUUUGUAAUUGUAAUUGAAAUAUUAGCAAGAACAAUAAAUGCAGACAAUUCAAUAAUUGGAUUACCAAUUUCACCCAAUCCACAAAUUAAAAUCAAAUUUACCCAAUUUGCAGACGACUCUACAACAUACAACAUCAACUACGAACAACAACAACAAUCAAUCAAACAUUUCGAUAAUUUCUGCGCUUCAACAUCAUCAUCUUUAAAUUUUGACAAAAGUGCAAUAAUAGAAAUCAACCCCCACAAAAUCACUGAUAAACACAUAAUAAACAACAUUCCACAAUCAAAAAGAAUUCCAAUAACCAAAAAAGAUCAAUCAGAAAGAGUUCUUGGCUAUUUCUUUAAUCAUAAUGGUUUACAUAGGAAAUUACCAGAAACAAUGAAAACACUGAUUAAAUCAUUAGUGCUAUGGAAAACUAGUGGCACAACAUUAAAAACAAAAACAACCAUCAUAAACACCUACUCACUAUCACCAAUAACAUAUUUAUCAUACCUUGAAGAAUUUACAAAAGAUGAAGAAAUUCAAAUUAAUAAAUUAAUCUCAUGGUUUAUGAAUUCUCCCGCAAAUUCUGAAUCACCAACUCUCGAUACCAAUUCCAUUGAAAACAACACAUCAACCAUCCAUUCACGUGCAAAAAUACCUUUGAUGUGUUAUGAUAGAUCAUUAAAACCAUUAAAAGAAGGAGGUUGGGGUAUGUGGAAUAUCCAAUUACGACAAGUUGCUCAAAAGAUUUGGAUAUACAACAGAUUUUUACAAAUGCAUAAAUCUGCAAACAAUUCAAUAUACAUGAUAAGUUGGAUGGAUCAAAUCAUCAACAAAUCAAUCUCUUCUCCAUACCUUAUAAAAAUAAAAAAAGAAUGGGAAAACUAUGCAACUCAAAUUGGACAUCUAAAAGAUAAAGUUCAAAUCCUACAACCAAUAAUAACAAAAAACCAAACCUCUCAAACAUUAAACACAAAUAAUAUUUCACUACCACCAACACUCAAAGAAAUCUACUCGACAAUACUAAACAAUCACCUAUGCAAAUCAAAAGACUAUAUUGGCAAGAAAUAUUCAGAUCUACUUCUUACUUCGCACCAACAAUCAAUACUUCUUUUAUGGAAAUACACAUACGACCAACUUUUUGUCAAAAUUCAAAAAUUAAAAGAUCCAAAAGGCCGAGAUACAAUGCAAAGAUUCCAUGCUAGAUGUCUUCCGAUUAAUCAUCUACACAACAAAGUUUGCCCCAUUUGCAACAAUGAAAUGAAUAAUGAUCCCUAUGGUCAUUUGUUUUUCAAUUGUCAGCACACAAUCAACUUCAUUAACCACGACAAAUUAAAAUAUUUUAUAUAUAAAAAUUGCAAUGGAAACAAAAACUGGUCACUAACAAAAAACCAAACAACAAAAUUAUACACACUCAUCUAUAAACCACAAACAAACAACAAAGCAUUUAAACCAGAUCCAACUAUCAAUAUUAAUUUUCAUUUUGCAGAAAACGCACAAUAUAAAAAAUACAGGUUCAACUGGAAUUAUAUAAACACAAAUCUUGAUCUAGUCAGAACACAUGCAUAUUGGAACAUAAUCUCAUUAAUAUCAUUGCACCUCCAUCAAAUUCACAAAAACAUUCACAAACUCUUCGAAGAUAUACUGUCGCCAUCAGCAUUCAAAAUAAUUGGUGCAACUGCCUUCGUAAAUUGCAACGUUGAUAAAUUAACUUCAAUAAUCAACCUUCAAAACCAACUUGCACUAAAUAUCGACAAACUCAACUAUAGAUUCGAUAUAUCAUCAAAUGAUUAUGCAAUCAUUAAAACAUUCAUUAAAACGUACUCACCCAAACAUGCAAACGAUGCAAUUAUAAACAACCUCACUAAAUUCACCAGUUGUACAUCAAUUGAAUCAUUUACUGUCACAUACUCAUAUGCUGUUGCGUUUAAAAGCUACAUUAUAACAUAUCAUCUAAUUGAUCACACACACAACAUUGUUGAUCAAAAGAUCGAACAACCAUCUGGUAUCACAAGAUAUAUCAAAGCUGCAACACGUAGUGUCACUAAACACAAAAUUCAACAUGCAAAAAAUGCAGAUAUGGCAACAACUAUAAAAAAUGCCAUCACAAACCCAAACAUGAACAAAAACAAUCAACCACAAAAAAACAACAUUAACACCCCACCAAUCAACGAAAUUGCAAAUUCCAAUCGCAAUAAUAACCCACCUCAAAAUAUUGGUUCAAAAGCUACACAAAAUGAAUCACUUGAUAUUAACAAUCAAUCCCAAAACAAUAAUGAAAUUUCACACAAAAGAUUCACUGAAAACCCAAACAAUCAACACAAUUCCUACCAAAAAGCUGUUGACACACUACAACUACUUAUAUCAAAACUUCCACCUCGUCCAACAAUCUCAAUACUCACUGAACUCAAUUCAUCACCAUUACAACUUAAACAUGAUUUUCCCGAUCACAUCAUCUCUGUCACCAAACGAGGAAAUGGUGUAAUCAUCAUUAACCAUAACCCAAACACACUCAAACUCAAACACAUAUCAACAAUUGAUGGUAGAGCUAUUUUAGCAGACGUUAUAUUUCCAAAUCAAUUACCAAUUGGUAUUCUUGGAAUUUACGCACCAGCAUCAAAUAAUACCAUCAAAAAGAAUUCAUAUGCAACUUCACUACAAACACUUCUCCACAACCACUCAACAAACCCAAUACCAAACCAAUCCCAACAUGUAUCUAUUAUCGCAGGAGAUUUCAACUGUAUCCACAACGACAAUUCACUAUUAGAUGAUAUUAUCCAAUCCUACACAUACCAACACCAUCUAAUUGAUCAAGGUGAAUUUAAAAACACUCCAACUCAUACACAUGGCAACAGAUUAGAUAGAAUAUACUCAAUACAAUAG